AUGGUUCUGUGGGCUUUGAGGGCGCCGACGCGGAGUUUGCGCCUGGAUGGCCUGAGAGUGGCGAGGCGACGCCUGGGCGACAGCGUGCAGGGCCCGCCGGUCACCGACCUGCCGAAGAAUCUGCAGAAGGCGAAGGAGUUCUUUACAAAGCCCGCCCUGUCCUACGGGGAGUUCAAGCAGCAGUGCGUGUCCUUGCGGCCCUUCGCUUUCGCCGCGAUUUGCAGCGGCUGCGUCCUAUCCUUGGUGAUUUGCCCGCUGAAGUCGUCCUACUGGGCCACUUGGGGCCCUCUCAGCUGGCUCUCCUACGUCAAGGAAAGCGUCGCGGGGACCUCCCCGCCGCUCUUCCUGAAAGAGAAGCGAUGCGCCAAUGCGACGCAAGCGCUGAGGCCCGAGCCGGCCGCGGCCGCGGCGUCUUUGGCCGCGACGGCCAAAGAGAGUCCAAAGGAAGAGAAGACUCAGGCGCCCAAGCCGCGAGUGCUCUUCGUACUCGGCGGCCCCGGCGCGGGGAAGGGCACGCAGUGCGGCCACAUCUGCGGCGCCUACCCCGCCUGGGGCCACAUCUCGGCGGGGGACUGCCUGCGCGCUGAGCGCCAGGAUCCCGACUCCAAGGAUGGAGAGCUCAUCAACUCCUACAUCAAGGAGGGCAAGAUUGUGCCGGUUGAAAUCACCGUGCGCCUGCUGCAGAAGGCCAUGGUGGCUGGACAAGCGGAAGGCAAGACCAGCUUCCUCAUCGAUGGCUUCCCCAGAAACUUGGACAAUGUCACCGGCUGGGAGAGCGUGAUCGGGGACUCCGCCGAGGUCUUGGGAGUACUUUUCUAUGAGGCGUCGGAGCUGGAAAUGGAGAAGCGCCUGCUGGGUCGCUCCGAAACGAGUGGCCGUGUGGACGACAACAUCGAGAGUAUCCGUAAGCGGUUUCAGACCUACCAGAAGGAGACGAUGCCCAUCGUUGAGAAGUACAAGGCGAAGAACAUGGUCUUCACCGUGGAUGGUAUGCAGACCGUGGACGACGCCGUGUCCUCACCAAGGGGCAACAUCAGACCUCCGGCCACUCGGCUCGGGCUCGCCUGGUUUGCCCGCGGCAUGCGGGCGGUGGAGAGCGCCAAGAAGAUGCUGAAGGUCCGCACUGGUGGCCUGCAGGUGGCCAGCGUAGCAGAGCCCGACAAGCCUGGGAUUACCUAUUACGUGGAUGGCGGUUGCGUGUCGGUGUCCUGGGCUGCUGGAGGCUUUGGGGAAUAUGCAGUGGGUGAUGCUGAAGGCAAUGACUCUGAGUUGACCCUGUCGGCGGUGCACAGCUAUUUGAAGGUUUCGGGUGCUGGAGAGAACGCCGAAGAUGACACCGCCUGGGAGAUGAACGGCGUCUACGUCUUGAGCAACGAUGACUUCUGGCCGGAGUAUCGCCAAUACCCCUCGGGGGAGGGGCGCAUGAUGUUCACGAGCGGCAAGUGGGUCCUCUACAACUUCGCUGCAGGGCCCGAGAAUUGCUACUGGGAGGUGGAGGCGGAGUCUUUGAACGUCCCCAGCGAGGGCUGGUGUGUCAGGGAAGGCUGGGACGAGGAGAAUGGAUCACCUCCCAAGAUUAGCAAACACGAGCUGAAAGAGGGUCAAGACGUGAAGCUCCGAAAGCUGCAUCCUGACAGCCACAUCCCGGCGGACCAGUACCCAGGCGGAGUGUGCCCCUUCAGCCACGGAGACAUUUGCACCGUGGAGCGCAUCGACGGGCUCUUCUUCGCCCCGAAGAUCUCCCCCAACCUUUGGAUCCCGUGCAGGGCGGGGGUGGCGGUGGAGGCGCUGCCGGAGGAUGAGCAGGAGGGCGAGCGCCUGGAAAAGGCGGACCCCCGGGCCAAGGCCAAAGCGAAGGCGAAAGCCAAAGGCAAGGCCAAGGCCAAGGCUAUGGCCAAGACGAUGAACGAAAUGCAGGAGACCGGUGGGGAGGUCCUGACAGUGCUGAAGACAUUGGUGGAGAAGGUGGAGAAUUUGGAGGCAGAGAUGAAGAAGCUGCAAAAAUGAGUUUGAUUUUUGGAGUGGUUUUCAAGAGAAACCCAGGGUGAGGGGGGGGUUCCAAUUCCUAUAAGACACACCCAAAUCCGUCCGCCUUACGCGUGUCACGCAAAGGAUGAUCUCAAAGAGAUCUGAUCCGAUGUCUACCGCCCAUUGGUGGGACCCGGACCCGGAUUUAUGUUUUUACAUAUUUGCGCACUAUCACCAUGCUGACUGCUAUCGCUGAGCUAUCUGCCAAAGGGCAAGAAGGGUAUGGGUCAAAAUUAAACCAGGGGACCG